AGCCGGAACCCCUGGGCCAGCGCCGGCCGCCAGCAGGCGCCCAUUCGCCGCCGCGCUCGGGCCUGCGCCGCCUCCUUCCGCCGCCCCGUGGUUACCUUGGCAACGGCGCCUGUGGCGGAGCGCGGGGUCCGGCGGCAGGAUGAUGCUCUCUCGGGCCAAGCCGGCCGUGGGGGGAACCCCGCCGCCGGGAGACAGGCGCAGGAAGAAAGGGAAGAAGGUUCCGCAGCUAGAGGAGCUCCUGGCGCUGAGGGACUUCACUGGCGCCAUCGCCUUGCUGGAGUUUAAACGGCAAGUGGGUGAGCAGGAGGAGGAUGCUGACCUCUGGAUCGGAUACUCAGCCUUUCACUUGGGUGACUACAAGAGAGCACUGGAGGUAUAUGAGGCCUUAACCAAAAACCCAAAUUGCUGUCCGGAUGUUUGGGUGAACCUUGCCUGUACCUACUUCUUCCUGGGAAUGUAUACACAAGCAGAGCAAGCAGCCUUGAAAGCACCAAAGAGUCCACUCCAGAACCGUAUACUCUUUCACCUGGCACAUAAGUUUGGUGAUGAGAAGAAACUGAUGAGCUCUCACCAGAAUCUGCAAGACAUCACGGAAGAUCAGCUUAGCUUGGCGUCUAUUCACUACAUGCGGUCCCACUACCAGGAAGCCAUUGACAUCUACAGGCGCAUUCUCCUCAGUAAUCGAGAAUACCUGGCUCUGAAUGUAUAUGUGGCCCUAUGUUAUUACAAGCUGGAAUACUGUGAAGUGUCACAGGAAGUGCUAUCUGUUUAUCUUCAGCAAGUUCCUGACAGCACCAUUGCUCUUAACCUUAAAGCUUGUAACCAUUUCCGACUUUGUGAUGGGAAGGCUGCUGAGGCAGAGCUCAAGAACUUGACAGACAGUGCCUCAUCGUCUCUGGAGUUUGGCAAGGAGCUCAUUAAGCACAAUCUGGUGGUGUUCCAAGGAGGAGAAGGGGCUUUGCAGGUCCUGCCUCCUCUGGUUGAUGUUAUUCCCGAGGCAAGAUUGAAUCUUGUGAUUUACUACCUCCGGCAAGGUGAUGUGCAAGAGGCUUAUAACCUGAUUAAGGGCCUGGAACCUACAGCUCCACAGGAGUAUAUCCUCAAAGGAGUGGUAAAUGCAGCACUUGGGCAAGAAAUGAGCUCGAGAGAUCAUCUGAAAAUUGCUCAGCAGUUCUUCCAGUUGGUGGGUGAAUCAGCCAGUGAAUGUGAUACCAUUCCAGGGAGGCUGUGCAUGGCCUCCUGCUUCUUUCUUCUGAAACAGUUUGGUAAUGCCCUGAUUUACCUCAACUCGGUCAAGAGUUACUUCCACAGUGAUGACACUUUCAACUUCAACUACGCCCAAGCCAAAGCUGCCAUGGGCAGUUUUGCUGAGGCUGAAGAGGUGUUCCUUUUGAUCCAGAGUGAGAAGAUAAAGAACGAUUUUGUUUACCUUAGCUGCCUAGCUCGUUGCUAUAUUAUGAAUAAGAAACCACAGCUGGCCUGGAAGCUCUAUGAGAAGAUGGAGACCUCAGUGGAAUCCUUUAACCUGUUGCAGCUCAUUGCAAAUGAUUGCUACAAAGUGCACCAGUUUUACUAUUCAGCUAAAGCAUUUCAUGUUCUGGAGAGUCUGGACAGUAAUCCUGAAUACUGGGAAGGCAAGAGAGGUGCUUGUGUUGGUGUCUUUCAAAUGAUUAUAGCUGGCAGAGAAGCAAAAGAGACUCUUCAGGAAGUAGUGCUUCUCCUGAAGAGCACUAGGAAUCCUCAAGCGGAAUACAUCGCCCGCAUCAUGAAAAAGUGGGCCAAGGAGAACAGAGUCCCUGUCUAAGUCAGUCACUUGCAGCUGAAAGAUGUAGUUGGUUGCUUACAGGCAUUUGAAGCAAGAUUUCCUCAGAUGUGUAAAAUAUUCUAAGUCCUGUGGAGGACUAGACACCAGCAUGACACUAAGAAAUAACUCCAUCUCUUAAAAUGGUGUGGAAGUCUUCAGAUAAGUACUCAAAUAAUGGAAAUCUGACUGCACAACUGCUUAUCAAUGCAAGAGGGAACUCUUCUAAGGCCUGAAAAAUGACAUAUGAAAUAAAGCUGUCAUACAGAAAACGCAGCUUGUUUUCAUCAACAUUUCUGAUGUGUAGCAUCCACUCUCUUCUUAAAAGCUGCCUCUGCUAUUGCUGCUAUUCUCUGUUCAUUUUCAUAUGAUUGGAAAAAAAAACUCUUUAAAUUCCAUGUCUUUUCAGAAGGAAACUUGAGGUGGUGAGAAAAGAGAGUUUAAUAAAACCCCAUUUGUCUGUUUGGUAUUAUUCAUGUAUGGAAAACCCUUAUUUCACAUGUUAUUUUUAAGGCUGUGGCAACUCAAAAGCAGCUUUGUGUUGAAUCUGCAAGCUGGGUAUGUUGUUAAUUCUCGGUGAUGAAUAUGUGCUUUGCUUUUUGAAGGCAGUUUGACUCGGGAGUAAAAUCGUGGAAGUAUGAAAGUGCUAAACUGCACAUGCAAAGUAGGCUUCUGAUUAUUCUGAUCCUGAGCUUGUAGGAAAGUUAAAAAAGUGGUAAUUUGUGCAGUCACCCUCAGCUGUCUGUGAUAAUGUGCCCUCAUUUAGAUGUAGAACUUUACCUAAGUAAAGGCUUCUGAAGCGCUGAGAGGCAAGGGGAGAGGGAAAGAUGGUUAGGAAAUUGGAAAUUCUGUGAAGUCAGUUUGAAAGUUGAAAGAGGAACUAAGGAAAAGUAAGGCAAAUUUCUCCAGGAUCACAGCCAAAUAUUACCUUGUACAUCACUGUGAUUCCUAGAAGGCUGGUUUGCAGUCAGCAUCUGUAUUACAGCUAAUUCUCAUCUGUGGGAAGGUGAAGGUUGCUUGACAAUUUUUUUUUCCCUGCACAGUGACUAUAUUAUGUUUUAACAUAUUACAGUAUUUAAUAGAGUAAAUAAACUCUUGAUAAUUCUGUAA